CGUUACAUGGUGAACUGUGCUGUGUUGUCACCAGCUGUUGUCUGGAAGACGAAGAGAAAAAGUGGAUGUGUGUCUCCAUUGAUAGUGAUCCUCCACGAGCACACCCACAGCGCUAAGCAGCACGUUUGAAGCCGAAAGAUGGUCACCGGAUGACUGAUGAAAGCACUGGAGCCUCGCCGGUCCCCCGGUGAUAGAACCAGUUACAUAACUGAAGGCAUCGAUAAGACAAAAACUGUGAUAACGGACUAGUGCCAGUACAGGUCGGAGUUGAAGCCAUUUUUCUCUGCUUAGACAGAUAGGCACGCCAGCUUGGGUCAAACUAAGACUGCUUGUACAGCUGGUAGAGAGCUCUGAAGUGACACAGACGCCAUCAUGAAUGUGGGCACGGCGCACAGCGAGGUGAACCCCAACACCCGAGUGAUGAACAGCAGAGGAAUGUGGCUAUCUUACAUCCUGGGCAUCGGCCUCCUGCACGUCAUCCUGCUCAGCAUUCCCUUCGCCAGUGUGCCUGUGGUCUGGACCCUCACCAACCUCAUUCACAAUCUGUGCAUGUACCUGCUACUCCACACGGUCAAAGGGACGCCGUUUAUGACCCCGGAUCAGGGCAAGGCUCGCCUCCUCACAUACUGGGAGCAGAUGGACUAUGGGGUGCAGUUCACUGCAUCACGCAAGUUCCUCACCAUCACACCUAUUGUCCUGUACAUACUAACCAGCUUCUACACCAAGUACGAUCGGGUCCAUUUUGUGGUCAACACUGUUUCCUUGCUCACUGUCCUCAUCCCCAAGCUUCCCCAGCUGCAUGGCGUGAGGAUCUUUGGGAUUAAUAAGUACUGACAAGGCUGAAGAGGACACCUUCUUCCCCUAAUGUCUCCGUGGACUGCUGAGAGCACAUAGAGUAUCAGACCUCGGAUUUGGCUGCAGAUCCACAAGGAUCCGUGUCUCUCUGGCUCCAGACUCUGCUGGGCAGCACUUUAAUGAAGCCUAGUGGGGAUACUGCCAUGGUACCAAACCCCUGGAAAGAGACACAAUAUACUUUUCAGAGAAGGGAAAGUGUGCUGAUUGUUGGCAGCCAAUGUUCUUUUGAGGUACACGUUUUUCUUGGACUCUUUGUAGAAAAGAGAGUAUUAUGAUCCUUUUUCUUUGCAGACAAUAUGUCAGAGGCAAACGACAAUGUAGUCGCAACAAUUUUAUGUGCCAUUUCACACCCACAGCGCACUUAGGCUGUAAUCAAAACGUUAUUUUGUAUGUAAUGAUACACUGCUGUAUUUAUUCAGCUGCACUCCAACGAGAAGCUUCCUCUUUCUUGAGGUUUCUGGCCUUAGAGGAGAGUAACAAUACUUUAAUGAAACACUAAGGAGGCGAGACACGGGGAACCACAAGGUUUUAUAUUUAGCCCCUUGCUGUUCUGGGCAAAGAAUGGGUGGUUAGGCAACUCUUAUUAUUGUCUGACCAUUUCCAUAUUUGGACUCCUCUUGUCCUGGUUUGUGUCACAGUAAGCCUCCCAUCUGCAGAGACAUCUGGCCUGUGUGCAGAAAGUAUGUGCAAGAGCAUACUUUUGAUCAACAUAAUUAAAGUCCUGGAAUUUAGGUUAAAGGAUUAUUAUACUUAUUACAGAGCUAUGUGGGGACUCAUACUUAUAAUUACAAUUGUUACGACCCAUGACUUUAGCAUGGGCCUGUGUGACCGCAUCUUAGUCUGUAAUCCAGACUCAAAGUACACACUGAGUUGCCAGUUUAUGAGGUAUGCCUGAGCAAUCAAAUUCAAUUAAAAUAGCCUUCCAGUAGAUAAAGGUGCAGAAUGUUGAAUGACGGCUCAAAAUGUAAUCCUUUUUUUUUUUUUUUUUAUCAAAGAGAUUGCAGUUAUACUGAAGUGGGUGUGAAAGGGAUUCUGAGUUAUGUUACAAAGUUGUUCUUGAGUAAGAAUGUCUCAAAGGUAACAUUUGACUGAUCAUUUCAAAUGUUUAGGGAACAUUUUACUUUAAGUGUUACCAUUUGCUGGUGUAAUGCAUGUGUAGCAUCCAUGAAACAUGUCAUCUUGGCAGUUCCAUUCUCUAAUUAGAUUAACGUGAAGUGAUGAUAUUAAAUUGUAGGUAAGCUAAGAUUUUAUUUAGUAAUGAAUAGCCAAAACUAAAUACAUUAAGUAAAUGUGAUAUUUCAAUGUUAACUCUCCUACAAAGGAAAAACUGAUUGUUGUAGAAUAUACAUACAUAGCUGAAUACGUUCUUUCUUGAAUUGAAAAUUCAUUUUUGAAUUAUGUUUACAGAUUAUAGCCCUAAUAUACGGUGGCCGACAAGUGCAAACGCGCUACAACACUUCCAUUUUACGAAACUUUCAAAAAUGCAAAAAAGCAUUUAGAAAACUUUCACGAUGUGCAGCGAGAAGCUCAAAAACCCAGGGACACUAAAAGUGAUGCACACAGCGCUUGUUGACGUUUGUGGAUUAUAGUUAUUAUUACAUUUUGGGCAUGUUUCGCCAAAUUGGUGACGAUGUUCCUUCAUUUGCAUUUGUUUUGGCACAUUUUUGUUUGUUCGUAAACUGCAGCGUGUUUCGCCUAAUGGAAGUGUCCUGUCCUGUUGGCCACCCUACAAACAGUGUUAGCAACACAUCUGUAUCUCAGCAAUAGUAAGAGCAGUAGGUAGCACACAUAUUGAUGUAACUGACAGUAGCAGCAGAAGUAAUAGAAGAGGUGACUACCCCAGUUUCAAAUAUUGUGACUCAUGUUGUUUAAUAUGAAUUAGAGCUGAUUUAGAAACAAUUCUACUGUUGUUUUAUGUUUCAAAUUGAUGUAAGGAAUCGGCAUAAUUUAGAAUUGAGGCUUUGAUCCAACCAGUGACAAAUGGGACCAAAUAACUAGAGUUGUAAACACUAUUAUAUCUGCUGCAGCUUUCAGCAUCAUGAUGUCUAGAAAUGUUCACCAUAAAGGGCUUUGCUUUAACGAUAUGCUAUCAUAUGUUUCACUGUUAAAAAAAAAAAGAAGGUUAGAUUGAAUGUUAAAUGCGAAACAGUGGCUUUGGUUUGUAUCAGUGUUUUUGAAGGAAAUGUCAAUGUGAUCCUCUGAAAGAGUGUUUGACCCCAAAUACAGUAUUUUUAAAACA